AUGGCCUUUGCCGAGCUGGACGACGUGCUUCGGCCAACCGACGACACAUUCAAGGCAUUCUACGAAAAAGGCUACCGAAGUUGGCACAAAGUAUCGGUAGACGCUGCGGACGGUUGCGCUUGCGUACCGCCUGAAUGUCUACAAUGGGAAGAUCUCUUUCCUCAUCAUCCCAUCCUUCCUGAUGGUCUAGAACCGGACGAUUCUGGUCUUGUCACGGCAAAGUCUACCUGGAUUUCGAGAGGAAACUGCGAUUCCCCUGAGUUCGGACAGAUCUUGCAGAUGACAUUAACAAUCGGCAAACCCACAUCGGUCGUCCUUACAGAUGACCCGGAGCUAUGCCUAUCCGAGCUGGGCGACGGCCAUCUUGUGGUCCUAAUCCUUGCUUGGGCCUACGCCUUAUCUGUGCGGUGGGCAGAGAUAAUCCCACGGGCAUCGAUGGAAUACACUUCAAGUCAAGCUCCAUGGACAGUCCAUUCAGACCCAAGCAAAGUUGAUAAGCAUAUGGUAGUGGAGUUAGGAGAACUUUCCGGUGAGGAAGCUAGAUGGUGGGCGGCUGUGCUUUCAACAGGCGAGGAUUGGAAAGCUACAAUACCUGAUCAUCGAUGGUGCCUUCUAUCGCCUUGGAGUAUCGCAAAAAACUUCAAUAACACAAAACUCGUUCUUAGUGGAACCCACAGCCCCAUGACUCUCACUUCGCCAACUUCAGUAUGCUUUAAAACAGCGUUGAAAUAUAUUGACGACUAUACCAAAAUUCACAAUACCGGUUUACAAAGUCGUGCAGCAUUGGCUGCCGCGUUGCUCCUGCCUUUGGCGAAGCUAGACAACAGAACCGUUACCCUUCAUACACCAAAAGGAUCAUACAGACAGUCUCAACAAACACAAUCACCCAGACCUUCACUCUUAGACAAACAUUGUUUACACCAGUUGGAUAGACUCUUGAAUUUGAGCGUCAACGCUCGCGGUUUGAAAGCCGUUAUGGGUAGCAUAUUUUAUGAGUCUGGUAUACCGGCUAAUGCUUGCGGUGCAUGGUUGCAAGGAACAGCGGCCGUGCUGCAGUCGAAGGGGACCAAGAACAUAAACCAUUUAUCUCGCAUGUUCUUCAAUCGGAGUCCUCACAUUUCAUUUCUCUGGCUUGGGGGCAUCAUCACAGGCGCAUACAAAGACUUUUUACGAAACACCUACAGUCUUCUCGGUCUAAACAGGAUUGAACUUCACGCAGCCGCCUGGACCGGUACGCUUUUGUCUUUUAUCCAGGAGCCGGUGCAUCCGAUACAGACACAAAAUGAUACAUCAUUCAUCUCACGUGCUGACGAAUGUCGUCUGAUGUUUCUGAUUCAAGAACAACGACGCGACAUACCCCCAAUUUAUCCUUAUCCUCCCUUGGGAGAGACGAAUAUAAGAGACACCGAUCUCGGUGUUCAGGUUCAUGCAUAUUGUCCAACCCCUCAUGAACUUCAGUUUUUAUCUAUCGCGUGGAAUUGCGUUGGGGGCAGAAAGGACAUUCAGACAACAGGAUGCAUACCUCCAAUAUCUCGGGACAAGGGUUUUAAGAUAGAGGAGGGAGAUUGUGAAGUACAUUACACAUUCCUGGAUCGGGAUCGAGAUCUCUCCGAAGGAGUAACUAGGAACAUGUUCACCUGGAUGCGGGACAUGGAUGGAUUCACGGUGGCAGAACGAGAGAUCUGUCGGCAUGAGUGGAUCGAUGCGUUCGAUUCAGAUUCAGAUGAUGAGAGCGUUGACCCUGAGGGAGAUGGAAAGUCAACGACGGGCCCAAGCGAAGCCCAGGUUGGAUAUUGGUUGGUAAGAUCUAUGACUAGACGUUGUGAUUCGAUAUGA